AUGAGGGCAAGAGGGCCGCAAGCAGGCCAAGAGGGGCAAGAGGGCAAGAGGGCCAAAGAGCGGCAAGAGGGCAAGAGGGCAAGAGGCGCAGAGGGCAAGAGGCAAACGAGGGCGCAACGAGGGCCAAGAGCGGCAACGAGGCCAAGAGGGCAAGAGCGGCAAGAGGGCAAGAGCGGCAAGAGGGCAAGAGCGGCAACGAGGGCCAAGAGGGCAAAGAGCGCGCAAGAGUCGGCAAGAGGGCAGAGGGCAAGAUGGGCAACGAUGGGCCAAAGAGGGCCAACAGGCAAGGAGGGCAAUCGAUGGGCACGAGGGCAGAGGCAAGACGGGCAAGAGGGCAACCGGAAAAGGGCAAGAGGGGCCAAGGAGGGCAAGUUAGGCGCAAGCAGGGCAAGAGGCACAGAGGGCAACGGAGGGCAAGAGGGCCAAGAGGGCAAGAAGGGCAAAGAGCGGCAACGAGCGGCAACCAGGGCAAGAGGGCAAGAGGGCAGGAGCGGCAAGAGCGGCACCACGAGGCAGCAGGCGCACGAGGCGCAAGAGGGCAAGAGGGCAUACAUGGGCAAGAGGGGCAAUGCAGGCGCAAUGAGGGGAAGAGGGGAAUGA